CCUCUCAAUUUUUUUUUUUUUUUGGUGCAAUGGGGGGUGUGUCCUCUCAAUUGCUCCUUCUAUUACUAUGCCCACAUUCAUCUGUGUAUAAGUAAUAUUGCAUAGCUCUUACACUCUACGCGUGUCUUACACACUACACGUAUCUUACACUCUACACGUAUACUCAUUGUGUCGUCCCGUCAUGGCGAAGGAGACCGUAGUUCUUUACCCAUCUCCGGGCAAAGGCCACCUCGUGUCCAUGGUGGAGCUGGGCAAAACCCUACUCGACCACCACCACCCUCCGCCCUUCUCGGUCACCGUCAUCCUCUCCGUCCCACCCGAAGAAGCCGAGUUUACCGCUGCCUACGUCUCCAGCGUCUCCAUCUCCCACCCGGCUGUCUCCUUCCAACACCUUCCCGUGUCUUUCAUCCCCUUCGACUCGUCCUCGCCCAGCAACUUCAUCAUCUCCACCUACGAGUUUACCCGCGGUAACAGCCUCGCCCUACACGCGUCCCUCUCCAAGUCCGGCGAUUCCACCAUCAGGGCCCUCGUCCUCGACUUCUUCUGCACUGCCGCGUGCCAAGUUGGGGCCAGCCUCAACAUCCCGGUUUACUACUACUACACUUCUGGCGCUAGCGGGCUCGCCCCGUUCCUCUACAUACCCACAAUGCACAAGAACAUCCCUGGCAGCUUUAAGGAUCUCGAUCCCGAAGAGCUCAUCGAAAUCCCAGGGACCCCACCGAUCCAGGCCAGGGACAUGCCCAUGCCGAUAAGAGACCGGAGCUCCAAACUUUAUGGUUACUUUCUCGGGGCCGCACGUGAUAUGGCUCUGGCAGCAGGAAUUAUCAUCAACACGUUCGACUCGUUCGAGGUCAGCGCUAUAAAAGCACUGAGGGACGGCCUUUGUGUGACCGACGGGCACACGCCGCCUCUGUACUGUGUCGGCCCGCUCGUCGCAACAGCCAGGAACAAUAAUGACGAAGACAGGCAUGACUGCUUGAGGUGGCUCGAUUCGCAACCGAGCCGGAGCGUGUUGUUCCUGAGCUUUGGGAGCUUGGGGAAGUUCUCCACCAAGCAAUUGAAGGAGAUAGCGUUAGGUUUACAAAGGAGUCGGAUCAGGUUCCUUUGGGUGGUGCGGGUACCGCCCCAGAACGAUGAGGCAUGGCGCGCAAUAUCGGAGCCCAACCCCGGCAUUGGUUUGUUUUUGCCGGACGGGUUUGUGGAGAGGACGAAGGAGAGGGGGUUUGUGGUAGAGUCAUGGGUUCCGCAGGUUGCAGUGCUGAACCAUAGCUCGGUGGGUGGGUUCGUGACUCACUGCGGGUGGAACUCGGUCCUUGAGGCGGUUUGCGCCGGAGUUCCCAUGCUGGCAUGGCCACUCUACGCAGAGCAGAAGUUAAACUGCAACUAUCUAGUGGAGGAGGUCCGGGUGGCGCUCCCGGUGAAAGAGUGCGAGGACAGUUUCGUCAGCGCAGACGAGUUGGAGGAGCGAGUGACCGAGCUAAUGAGCUCGGAGAAAGGGGAAGCGGUACGAGAGCGAGUGUUUGCAAUGAAAGAGGAGGCUGCUGAGGCAUUGCGUGAGGGCGGCUCAUCGCAUUCAGCCUUAGCUGAACUGUUCCUGGCCAUCAAGCAAGGGCCCGGCGUUGAGCCGAGACCAUCCGACCCAGUUGAACCAAGCGGUAGGUUUGGAAGUUCCAACUCUGUGGCCAUCCCCAGUGAAACGUAGUCGUUUUCGACUACAAAAGGGCUGAAAAUGUUAUUAUUUUUUUCUAAGAGCAUGAAUAAUUAUGCAACAAAUAUCGAAUUUCAAAACUUUUAAUUAUCAAGUGAAGAUAGAAGUCAUCAUAUUACUACACCUCUUUUGAAUGAGUUGUAACAGUUAAUUAAUUUAAUUUAAUUUAAGUUCUUUGGGCUUCGACCCCAUUCCAUUGAAAAAAAAAAAAAUUUUUAUUUAACAAUAUCAAUUGCUAUAUAUAUUGGAACUUUAAAAGUGGUGACAUCGUGUAUGCAAGUAAAUUACUUAAGUUAUAGUAAAGUAAUCAAUGUGAGUUGGUUCAAGCGGUUUGAUACUUGUUCCGUUUAAGUAAGUUUUCGAGUUUAGAAUAAUUGAAAUAGUGAU